GAAGCCGCGGUUUACUUCGCAACAUUGCACAAUGUCCCAGAACCAAGUCAGCUAAGGGUGGAGGUGGGGGAUCGUUUUGCUGAGCUGGUUGGGAGGCGUCGACGGCUCCUCCGAGUUCCGCUUUGAGGCUGCCCCGAGGAGAUGUGGGUGUGCUUUGCUGACAGAUCAAGUCGCCGUGCCCCUGACAGCUUUAUACCACGGGGGAAAACAAAAAAGGCAGCUUAAUUUUCUCGGAGGAAAACCGCCGCUGAUGAAGAAGCGGGAAAGCCCGUCUUCCUCGCGACGGGUUUAGGAUCUCCCGCUCGAGCAGGGGGGUUGGACUAGAAGACCUCCAAGGUCCCUUCCAACUCUGAUUCCGAUUCUAGCUGAGUGUGGCGGCGGGGAAGCCGCUUGGAGGAUCUUAGCAACCCCUAUGAGCUGGUGCGGCCUCUCCGCCGUCGGGCCUGGUGGCGGGGAAGGGCAGCCGUUAAUCCCCCAGAGUGGCCGCUGGUGUAGCAGGAUGUCCUGCUUCGCGCAAGGCGCGGCCUUCAUCCCCACGUUCCUGGUCUCCUGGUCGUCGGCCGCCUUCAUCCUCUCCUACGCGAUCGCCGUGCUUAGCGGCCAUGUGGAGCCGCUUUUCCCCUAUAUCAGUGAUACAGGAGCAAAACCUCCAGAAAGUGGUAUAUUUGGAUUUAUGAUUAAUGUUUCUGCAUUCUUAGGUGCACUUACAAUGUACAUAAAAUAUUUAAUUGUAAAGAAACAAAAUGAAGUGACUCAUUUUGUUUCCCCUUGUUUCAACUUAUUGACAUUGUACGUUGGAAUUCUGGGUUCUAUUGGAUUGGGCAUUGUUGCAAGUUUUCAGGAGUUAGCAGUUCCUGCUGUCCAUGAUGGGGGAGCUCUUUUGGCUUUUGUCUCUGGUGCGGUCUACAUUUUUCUUCAGACAGUUAUCUCUUACAAAUCACGUCCACAAUGGAGCACUCCGUGUGUAUGUCACACAAGAUUAUUCCUCUCCGUAAUGACUUGGGUAGCUGUCAUUCCCAUGAUUGCAUGUGCUUCAUUAAUAUCCAUUACAAAAAUAGAUUGGAUUCCAGGUGAAAAGGAUUAUGUGUACCAUUUUAUAAGUGCAAUCUGCGAAUGGACAGUAGCCUUCGGCUUUGUGUUCUUCUUCUUAACUUAUAUCAGAGACUUUCAGGGAGUUACCAUACAGAUAUCAACAGAAAUUCAGGGAAACCUCUGACCACUUUUUGUUACAGUUAGCUGGAUUGGGUGUGUGUGUGUGUGUUAUAAACUGUUGCAAUGGCCAAGAUUGACCUGGCAUCGACUUGAUGCAUCACUGCUGCAAAUUGUUACAAUUGUUGUCAAGAAAAAAGGUUCCUUUUAAUUUUAGGCUUUUAAUUUUCCUGUGUAACCAAUCUACUAAUAAUCUUUUGUAUUAUAAAUACAUUUUCAGUUUUUUUUUAAAUAGAGGACCUCUGAAAUAUGUAAUCUCUAAGGAAUAAAUGUUUAUCUACUGUAAUAUAUCUUUCCUUUUUAUCUGUUUGGUGAAUAAAGAU